UGGAUCAUCAGUGCUUUUCAGCUUACAUUUGCCUCCUUCUUGCUUCUCAGUGGACGCCUCAGCGACGUGGCUAAUCCGAAGCACACGUUUGUAAUAGCCACUGCUGGCAUCGGCUGCAUUUCUAUUGCGACCGGAUUCCUCAGCUCGACGAUUCCGUUUAUUGCAUUCCGCGCCAUGGCGGGAGUUAUGGGUGCGAUGACCAUCCCGUCGGCGCUGACCCUCCUCGUGGGUAUCUUCCCUGAGCCGCAUGAACAGGCGCGGGUAAUUGGAGCUUUCGGUGGCUCCGACGGUGUCGGGAAUGGUAAGCUUUACUCGACCGCAUCUUUACGUCCUGGACUGCUAACACAUGCCCUUGACACCGGCGGCAUCUCGCUACUGACUGUGUCGGACAUUCUCUUCAUCUUCGCGCUGACAGAGGGCUCUAUGGACAUCUGGAUCAGCGUCAAGGUUCUGCUCCCUCUUUUGUUGUCCAUAGCCUUGAUGAUUGGCUUCUUUGUCUGGGAGCACGUUAUCCCUACGCAUAUUGCUGCCGUCCCACCACGCACGUGGUUCUACCGCAACUUUGCCGUACUGUUUGUUGUGGCAUUGCUUCCAUAUCUCUGGUUCACGACCAUGUUUGACAUCAACAUGGUCUUGUGGCAGGAGGUGUAUGACUGGAGCAGCUUAAUCUGCGCUCUUCGUUUGAUACCCAGCGGUGUCGUGACCUUCUCUAUAUCUCUUACGGGUCCCCUGGCACGGCGCAUAAGCCCCAAGUGGAUUAUUCUCUUCGGCAUGGCCCUCAUGAUCAUCGCCAACAUCCUGUUCGUCUACGCAGAUAACCCGAGCCGGCACUGGUCCUUUGUGCUCCCCGCGAUCAUCGUUGGUGACGCUGGUGCAAUGCUUGUAUACACGCACGCGAACAUUGCCAUCUUCGAGACAACUCCCCCGCGCACCGCGGGCACCGUUGGAGCGAUAUUCAAUGGUGCACUGCAGCUCGGCAGCGCCGUUAGCGUUGAGGCCAUCACGAGCAUUGAAACAAGCAUCGAGCGUACGCACGGCGGCUUCACGAGCUACGCGGGCCAUGCGGCAGCGUGGUGGUUCCUCGUCGGCGUCGUUGCGGCGGAGGCACUAGCCGUUGCCGCGUUCUAUCGUACCAGUUCUGCCGUUGCCCUCAGCGAUGCUGAGGUCAAGAUUGAUGAUAAAGCCUCUGCUGAGCCAGUCGCACCCCCAAACAGCGAGAAGCCCGGGCAUUCCGUCGGCGCUUCCAACACUGCCAAGCCGUUGUCAGUCGAUACGCCUGCAUUCGAGAAAACGUUCAAUAAGCUUGGCCUCGCUCCCGGGAAGGUGCCUAGAGUAACUACACAUGCCACUCAGCUCGAGUCCCUUCCGCUACCCUCGCAAGUUCAUUGA